AUUGCUUUUGCCACAGAAAUGGAUAAAAAAAAUCGGAGAAGUUCGCUGCGGCGGCAACCGCCAACCAAAGAAGACGAUCAGACAGCGACAUCUACAAUGCAGAAUUCCAUGCUAAAGCGUCGUAUCAGCUUUAGUGGCAAGAAGUCCGUGAGGGUGUUCGUGAAUACAGAGGAGCCUCACUAUUGGGAAAACUCCUACGAAUUAUCGGAUUGCACCAAUGGCGAAGACAACAGCAAAGAGCAGGCACCAAAAACCGGCCCUAGCCGGCAAGCGCCGACAGCGGACAAGGAGAAUGUGCAUAUUGACAUGACGUUGAAUCUGAGGACGAGCAUCGAUGUGCCCAUGUUCCCAUGCGAAACGAAUCGUAAUCGCCCCAAUUGUUCGGUGCCCCGCGAGUCACUAUUUGCCGAGAGCUUCUCUCUCUCCUCGAUUGGACGGGAAAAGCUAAAGGACACGCUGUACAGCCAUCGAAUUACGGACAAGACCAUAGAUCUGAUGCAGAUCACAUCCAAAGUUGGGGACGACUGCUCGUUGGAUUUGUCCACGCUUAAAAAGGAACAUAUGAAAGGACAACCAACGACAUUUGUGAGUGAUUCCUUAAUGGACAUCACGCCACUGGGAUUCGUCGAUCCAGUUGCUGCUUCUGUCCCCGUUCCAGUAGAAAAGGAUAAUGAUAAUCCUGUACAGAAAUCGUUUAAGGAGGUGGAAGAGUGCCGAAAGGACAGCCAGAGGCAGGGAGAUAUAUCCUUUGACUGUGACAUUAAUGAUUUCAGUGCCAGAGACCGAAUGCCGUCGAAUGGUUCCUCCGAUACAGACUCCAACAAUAGCACCAUCAACUAUCUGGGAGACGAGUCUGCUCUCAUUCCAUUCGACAUGAUUUCUGGGAAUAACAUCAGCAAGAAGCUGAACUUUCGUCAGCUGAACGAUGACCUGGAAGCGGGAAAGAUUAAGGUAUUUGCGAACGGCCCCAGGACCCCGACCACCGAUCCCAGGGCCAAACAGAAGAAGUUCUGGCAUGGACUGGAUGAGGAUAUUGAUCAGGACCAGCAACAUAAGGACAUCAACAUAAGGAGCAUUAAGCCGCGUGGCCCUUUAAAUUUCAGUGUGAAUAUGACUAUGUCCCCCUUGGCACAAGCAACGCCAGUGGCAAGGGUAGUGCCAUUGCCGAGGGAAAAGCUGAAGAUACCGGAUGACAAGCGCAAGUAUCGACUCUCGCAGGCGGAUGAGGUGAUGCUAGACAACACGAACUUCCUGGCACAUGCCAAAUUGGGUGAUGAGACCCAAUCCCGGAAUAGUUCCAAGAUCUUCACGAGGAGAGAGACAACAUAUGAGAGCUUGGAGCUCGAUGUGGGUCUGCCCAACAGGAGCAGCAGCUGCAGCCAGAACUUCCCUCCAUCCACCAUGCAGGAGGCAGCAUCGAAGCACUCCAAGCCCAGACAGACCAUUCAUCUGCCUGCGAAAAUGGAGCAGGAUGUGUUUCAGGUGGAACAAGCUGCUACCGCCAUCCCUCCAGGGCGCUCCUCCUCCUCCUCUGCCAGACGUACCUUGAACCUGAACGAGUCCAUGGACCAAGACAUUGUCGAGGAGAAAGCCAUAGUCACCCAAUCAGAGGUUAACGUCAUGCACAAAGGCGCCAAAUCGAAACGUAGAGAGACUUUGCUCAUGGAGGAAAGCAUGGAAGAGGAUAUUAUAAGUCCCCUCAAGGAGCUGCAUCUCAAGGCAAGUGCUCCUCCCAAGGAAAAGGAGAAAUCUAAGACCCGUCAAACUCUCCACUUGGCGAAACCGUUUGAGGAAGACGAAGCCCUCCCUCGGAAUGCUGCAACCACUGUGGCCAUAAGGAAAGAUAGUAAGCACCUGGCUGAAGCCGUUCAGGAGCAUCUACCAAUGGCAAAUCAUAGAUACAAAGCUCGGCAGACUAUUCUUCAGGCGGAGCCAAUAGAGGAGGAUGUCACAAGGAAAGAUUAUGAGCACCUGCCCGAAGCAAUUAAGGAGCAUCUACCAACGGGAAAUCAUAGAUAUAAAGCUAGGCAGACUAUUCUUCAGGCGAAGCCAAUAGAGGAGGAUGUCACUGGCCCUGGGGCCACAAGGAAAGACUAUGAGCACCUGCCCGAAGCGGUUCAGAAGCAUCUACCAACGGGAAAUCAUAGAUACAAAGCUCGGCAGACUAUUCUUCAGGCGGAGCCAAUAGAGGAGGAUGUCACUGGCCCUGGGGCCACAAGGAAAGAUUAUGAGCACCUGCCCGAAGCAAGAUACAAAGCUAGGCAGACUAUUCUUCAGGCGGAGCCAAUAGGGAAGGAUGUCACUGCCCCUGGAGCCACAAGGAAAGAUUAUGAGCACCUGCCCGAAGCGGUUCAGAAGCAUCUACCAAUGGCAAAUCAUAGAUACAAAGCUCGGCAGACUAUUCUUCAGGCGGAGCCAAUAGAGGAGGAUGUCACUGGCCCUGGGGCCACAAGGAAAGAUUAUGAGCACCUGCCCGAAGCAAGAUACAAAGCUAGGCAGACUAUUCUUCAGGCGGAGCCAAUAGAGGAGGAUGUCACUGCCCCUGGAGCCACAAGGAAAGAUUAUGAGCACCUGCCCGAAGCGGUUCAGAAGCAUCUACCAAUGGCAAAUCAUAGAUACAAAGCUCGGCAGACUAUUCUUCAGGCGGAGCCAAUAGAGGAGGAUGUCACUGGCCCUGGGGCCACAAGGAAAGAUUAUGAGCACCUGCCCGAAGCGAGAUACAAAGCUAGGCAGACUAUUCUUCAGGCGGAGCCAAUAGAGGAUGAUGUCACUGCCCCUGGAGCCACAAGGAAAGAUUAUGAGCACCUGCCCGAAGCGGUUCAGAAGCAUCUACCAAUGGCAAAUCAUAGAUACAAAGCUCGGCAGACUAUUCUUCAGGCGGAGCCAAUAGAGGGGGAUGUCACUGGCCCUGGGGCCACAAGGAAAGAUUAUGAGCACCUGCCCGAAGCAAGAUACAAAGCUAGGCAGACUAUUCUUCAGGCGGAGCCAAUAGAGGAGGAUGUCACUGCCCCUGAAGCCACAAGGAAAGAUUAUGAGCACCUGCCCGAAGCGAGAUACAAAGCUAGGCAGACUAUUCUUCAGGCGGAGCCAAUAGAGGAGGAUGUCACUGCCCCUGGAGCCACAAGGAAAGAUUAUGAGCACCUGCCCGAAGCGGUUCAGAAGCAUCUACCAAUGGCAAAUCAUAGAUACAAAGCUCGGCAGACUAUUCUUCAGGCGGAGCCAAUAGAGGAGGAUGUCACUGGCCCUGGGGCCACAAGGAAAGAUUAUGAGCACCUGCCCGAAGCGGUUCAGAAGCAUCUACCAAUGGCAAAUCAUAGAUACAAAGCUAGGCAGACUAUUCUUCAGGCGGAGCCAAUAGAGGAGGAUGUCACUGCCCCUGAAGCCACAAGGAAAGAUUAUGAGCACCUGCCCGAAGCGGCUCAGAAGCAUCUACCAAUGGCAAAUCAUAGAUACAAAGCUCGGCAGACUAUUCUUCAGGCGGAGCCAAUAGAGGAGGAUGUCACUGGCCCUGGGGCCACAAGGAAAGAUUAUGAGCACCUGCCCGAAGCGGUUCAGAAGCAUCUACCAAUGGCAAAUCAUAGAUACAAAGCUAGGCAGACUAUUCUUCAGGCGGAGCCAGUAGAGGAAGAUGUCACAAGGAAAGAUUAUGAGCACCUGCCCGAAGCAAGAUACAAAGCUAGGCAGACUAUUCUUCAGGCGGAGCCAAUAGAGGAGGAUGUCACUGCCCCUGGAGCCACAAGGAAAGAUUAUGAGCACCUGCCCGAAGCGAGAUACAAAGCUAGGCAGACUAUUCUUCAGGCGGAGCCAAUAGAGGAGGAUGUCACUGCCCCUGGAGCCACAAGGAAAGAUUAUGAGCACCUGCCCGAAGCGGUUCAGAAGCAUCUACCAAUGGCAAAUCAUAGAUACAAAGCUCGGCAGACUAUUCUUCAGGCGGAGCCAAUAGAGGAGGAUGUCACUGGCCCUGGGGCCACAAGGAAAGAUUAUGAGCACCUGCCCGAAGCGGUUCAGAAGCAUCUACCAAUGGCAAAUCAUAGAUACAAAGCUAGGCAGACUAUUCUUCAGGCGGAGCCAGUAGAGGAAGAUGUCACAAGGAAAGAUUAUGAGCACCUGCCCGAAGCAAUUAAGGAGCAUCUACCAACGGGAAAUCAUAGAUACAAAGGUCGGCAGACUAUUCUGCAGGCGGAGCCAAUAGAGGAGGAUGUCACCCCAAGAAAAGAUUAUGAGCACUUUCCCGAAAAGAAAGAUUAUAAGCACUUGGCUGAACCCGUUCAGGCGCAUCAUGUGUCGGACAGUAGAUAUCGUUCGUCGAAAUCUAGGCAAACCCUGCUUAUGGCAGAAGCCAUCGAGGAGAAUCAUUCCACUGCAUACCAUAGUUUAGAACCGAAAAUAUCUCAGGAAGUCAGGGAAAAAUCUGUGGCCUUUGAGCCCAUCAAUACUCUUCCACUGUCGGAACUCAUUGAAGAAAGUAAGGCAGCACUUCGGACGUCUAAAGCCCGCCAAACUCUGCCCUUGGCCGCUCCCAUGGAUGUAGAGGGGGAGGAGCCCCCGACAGAACCACCUCUCGAGGAGUCUACAAAAGUGGCUCCAAGUCGUGGCUCCCGAGCUCAACAGACGUUGAUCAUGUCGGAAUCUAUGGAAGAGCAGGAGGAGGAAGUGGACUUUCACAGUCCCAUCCAAUCAAUAAGAACUCAUCCGGAGCUCCUUCCAAUCACACCCAUGCUGAGACUAAACGGAUCAGGGUCAGUUUGUUCCAUGGAUGAAUUUGAACUGUUCGAGGAGGAGAGCAAGCAGGCGGCUACGCCUCGCGGUCCGCUUCAGAAGGCGUCGGUAUUGCUGCGGAAAAUACGCUCCAUGGGUGAGUCCAUGAAAAUGAGUUUCGAGGAAGAUACCUCAGGAUGUGGCACUCCUAUACGGCACAGUGGAAAUGCCAAGCGAUUAUCGGACCACCUCACGCCUAAUCUGCCAGAGGCCAAGAAGCGUAAUACCCAUCUCCUUGCGGACAGUAAAACGGAGCAGGAGAUGGAGAUGGACAUGAGUGUUUCCAUUAAAGAAGUGACGACAGCGGUGGACAAGAACUGUGACCUUAUCUUGCGGCCGCAACGCCCCGUAUUGGAGCAGAGACCCAUCACUAUUUCGGAUGUGUCCGCCUACUUCCAAGCUCAGCCGUGCAAGGUGAAGAAGAAGCCGGCUGAGAGUAAGACAGAGAAGGAGGACGAGGAGAAGCGCGACACUUGCCCCAGGUAUAGUGGAAGCUCCACAGAUCGUUCGUUCAAGAGCUACGAACCCACAAACAAGAGAUUCAUCAAUCUAUCCGGUGACACGAACUCUUCGACUGCCCUAAUGGGUACCAUCAAUGUCGAUGAAAUGGAGACUAGUCAUAUAGAUAAAGUUCGGCUCAGUUUGGUCUCCACUCUGGCUGAUGAACCGGACACAGAUGAGGAAGCACCAGUUGAAGGCGCAGCGGCACUGGCCAAACAGCCUCAGCCAGAGCCGGAGCCUGAGUCCUGCCAGGAGCAGCAAGCGAGCUCUCGAGUGGUGGCUGCUGGGUCCAGCGCAUCCUGUAGGAAGUGCAUGAACUGCAGGAGAUCCCUGAAUGAGACAAGGCUUAGCAACGACUCCUUUGUCCUGCCCUCCCAGCCCCAGUGGGAUCUGACGCGGGAAAUAGAAAUGCUGCGACGCGUAAGAGCGAGGCCCAACCUGGAUGAUGUGCACAAGUAUUGGGAAAUGAAAGAGCAGGAGAGGCAGACGAUCGCCCUGGAGAAAGAGCUGGACAGCUCCAGCGAUGCGUCCGAUGAGGAGUUCAGCGAGUGGGACGUGAACGAGGUGAUGGCGGGAUACAACAGGAAGAUGGAAAGAUUCAAGCGCAACCUGGCCGAUAAGCCGGACAUUUUACAGCAGGCUCUCGUUCGAUUUGAACCAGUGGAAACGUUCUUUGAUCGCUUGGCUGGCCUGUUGACCGAGCAGCAACCCAACUGGAUAUUUGACUAUCAGCUAAAGAUAUCGCGCAAAUUGAUCUUCACCCAUCGACUGCUUACCACAUUUCGCCUGAUUGUUGACUAUGAGACAGUGGACGACUUGGAGACUGCUAUAAGGGUAUGCGCCCUCAACGUGGAGCAGGCCACACUCAUUUUCCCACUGCAGAGUUGGACAGCGUUUGAGCAUCUGCUUGACUUUCAGCUGCAGCUCAAGAUGCCAGUGAGUCACACCGACUCCAUUGAGGGGAGCAGCGUGGAGGCAUUCGCACAAUUUCUGCAACGCACAGAUACAAUUUGUGUGGACGUACUACGCACAUUCCACAAAUUGUUGAAGGUUCUUACAACCACAAAGGCGAGUCUUCUGAGGCAGGGGAAUCAAAUGGUUAUAAAAAAGACUGUGCGCAGGCGUAUUGAGGUGGAUACACGUACGGCAAUUGAGAAGACCGAUUUCGUAAUUGAAGUUGCCAAUGUUGAAGGAAUUUCGUUCAGAGAUAUUCUGCACCCAAGAAUACAUUUCUUCAACGAAAAUAUUCAGUAUCUGCCAGUGGGAGUGGCUUUCUUAGAAGAAUUUCUAGAUCAUCCUGAACAGUAUCUCAAAACUUAAUAAACCUUAAAGGUAUUAGAAACAAAAACAUGGU